AGACGAGAGACUUUGCAAGACGUAAACUUCAACCAAGAUGGAGAAGUACGAGAAAAUUAAAGUGGUCGGGAGGGGAGCAUUCGGUAUAGUGCACCUUUGUCGUCGGCGAACUGAUGGUGCUUUGGUAAUUCUUAAGGAAAUCCCAGUGGAGCAGAUGACCCGGGACGAGCGUCUUGCUGCGCAGAAUGAAUGUCAAGUACUGAAGCUACUCAACCACCCGAACAUUAUAGAGUAUUAUGAAAAUUUCCUGGAGGACAAGGCGCUCAUGAUCGCAAUGGAAUAUGCACCAGGUGGAACUCUUGCUGAUUACAUCCAGAAGCGAUGCAACUCCCUACUGGAUGAAGACACCAUACUGCAUUUCUUUGUGCAGAUCUUACUGGCCCUUUACCAUGUUCACAACAAACUUAUUCUUCAUAGAGACCUGAAAACCCAGAACAUUCUACUGGACAAACACCAGAUGAUAGUCAAAAUAGGUGACUUUGGGAUAUCCAAAAUCCUAGUUAGCAAGAGCAAAGCUUACACUGUGGUUGGGACACCUUGUUAUAUCUCUCCUGAACUGUGUGAAGGAAAACCAUACAACCAGAAGAGUGAUAUUUGGGCUCUGGGUUGUGUGCUCUAUGAACUCGCCAGCCUCAAAAGAGCCUUUGAGGCAGCCAACCUCCCAGCUUUAGUCUUAAAAAUCAUGAGUGGCACUUUCGCCCCGAUUUCGGACCGCUACAGCCCAGAACUGAGACAACUCAUUCUUAACAUGCUUAACCUGGAUCCAUCCAAACGACCACAGCUCAAUGAGAUCAUGGCCAAUCCCAUCUGCAUCCGGCCCCUGCUGAACCUCUAUACUGACAUCGGCAAUGUCAGAAUGCGCAGAAUUGAGAAGCCAUUACCCACAAUGCAGGCUGGUACUCGUGGCAGACCAGGAAGCCGUGUGACUGGAACCAGAACAAGGGGUGGGUUGUCAAGCUUGAUUUCAACCAAGAUGAUGCACGCCCUGCCCCUGUCAUCAGUGUACACAUGGGGCAGUGGCAUCUCCAUGCCACUUCGCUUGCCCAUGCUCAACACUGAGGUGCUGCAAGUGUCACUGGGCCGCACACAAAGGAUGGGUGUAACCAAAUCAGGACGCCUCAUCACUUGGGAGGCUCCCACUGUGGGCUGUGGCGAAUCUUCUCUACCUGGUGCUGUGGAGCAGAUGCAGCCUCAGUUUAUCUCUCGUUUCCUAGAGGGACAGUCUGGCGUUACCAUUAAAUCUGUCUCUUGUGGGGACCUUUUUACAACCUGCAUGACAGAUAGAGGCAUAAUUAUGACAUUUGGAAGUGGAAGCAAUGGUUGUCUUGGGCAUGGAAAUUACAACGACAUAACACAGCCCAAAAUAGUGGAGGCUCUCCUGGGCUAUGAGCUGGUUCAGGUCUCCUGUGGUGCAUCCCAUGUGCUGGCUGUGACCAAUGACAGGGAGGUCUUCUCCUGGGGAAGAGGAGACAAUGGUCGGCUAGGUCUGGGCACCCAGGAAACCCACAAUGCCCCACAGCAGGUGAAUAUCCCAGUAGAUUUCGAGGCCCAGCGAGUGUUGUGUGGGGUCGACUGCUCCAUGAUCAUAAGCACUCAACACCAGAUCCUAGCAUGUGGCAGCAACAGGUUUAACAAGCUAGGCCUGGAUACAAUCAGCAAGACAGAGGAACCUUCUUCCUGUUGUCAGGUGGAGGAGGUCCACACAUUCCAGUCUGUCCAAUCAUACCCUCUGAAUAGUGAGAAAAUUAUAUACAUCGACAUUGGAACAGCCCACUCAGCCUCAGUCACAGAGAAUGGUCAGUGUUUCACAUUUGGCAGUAACCAACAUGGGCAGCUUGGCUGCAGCUCUCGCCGUAACAGCAGAGUGCCCUUCCGGGUGCCAGGGCUGCAGGGCAUCACCAUGGUAGCAUGUGGAGAUGCAUUCACUCUGGCUGUUGGUGCAGAAGGUGAGGUGUAUACCUGGGGGAAAGGAGCUCGUGGGCGCCUUGGAAGGAAAGAAGAGGAUUCUGGGAUACCGAAGGCAGUGCAGCUUGAUGAGAGUCACCCAUUCACCGUUACAUCAGUGGCUUGUUGCCAUGGCAACACGCUCUUGGCUGUAAAACCUUUUUUUGAAGAUCCUGUCCCUAAGUGAUAUUUAAAUCUCCGGUAUCUCCAAGAGAACAGACAGACAACUUCCUCUAAAAAACCUUUCAUAAACAUUUAGAGCAAUUAAUGACAAUGACUUGGAAGUCGCCUGCCAAAGAAUUUCAAGGCAUCAUGAUAAUUAAGUUUAAAGUGCAAUAAUGUUUGAGGUACUAUUACCUGGAUUAUGCAGGAUUAUGUAUUUAUGUAUACAAAUAAAACAAUUUUUUA